GAAAAUCAAUCGUCAAUGUGUAAACAUCAGCACAUGCAUACACAAGGAAUUGAGGGAAAACUCUAUCAGGACAUCUGAGACAUUUAUAAUCUGAUAGUUUUAUCUGUUAAAACUAUCAAGCCAUCUAAACAUUUUAUCAGCAAUCUAAACAUUUUAUCAGCAAUAUUCUAAACAAUCUAUCAUGUCCUAUUGUUAGUAUCGUAUUAGGUUAGAUAGAGGGGUCCAUAACUUCCAUUUGGGAGUUUUGGGUCAGCCCAUGGCCCGAUACUUCAUGUAAACUGCCACGAGACAACAGCAGUUAUGGGAUAGGAAAACAAAACAGUAUGUCUAAUUUGUUGUGUGCGUUCAUUUAUUUCUUCUGCAUUUUGUUAUACAUAAAUCUAGUAACAUUUGCAGGAGGCAAUCUUCCUCAACUUGGGUACGAUGUUCUUCAAGUUAGCUACACGGGACGUCCAGUUUGUGCAUUCUUUAAACAUGCAGGUACUUCACCAGAGUAUGAGGACUUGUUAUCAAAUUUCCUAAAGACUAAAGUUGCAAUCAACUAUGCAGACUGGACAAUUGGUUGUGUAAAGAUUGAAGAUAUUCACCAGAUAUCACCACCUCCCAACUUGUAUCCAAAUGUUGUACCAUCCUUGCAAUGUGACAUUGGUAUUAAACUUCCUUUGGAAUUUCACUUUCAAAAUAAAUCCCUGAAAUCUUUGAAGAAAUGGUUCAAGCAUGUGUCAAAGGAACAUUCUGCUCAACCAAGGCUUAUGACUACAUUAUCUGAGUUGGAAAAUGUCAUUUUUAAUGAUACUAAAAAAGUCACAGUUCUUAUGGUAACUGAAAAGGAACACUUUUACAUCAUGAAAGACCUAGUGAGGAAGGUUAAAAAAUACCAAAGCGAUGUGCCCUUUAAUGUAUUGAUAACAAGACCAGAUUAUAUGCAUUCUUGGAAGCAAAAAGACUCAUUCCACAAACAUCAAGAUUUCCCUGCUGUACUUUUCUUUACUUACGAAGUUUGGGUGACGAAGAAAUCACCUGUUUACAUUAUACAAGGCUAUCAUGAAGUUUCUUCAUCCAACAUUCAACUUGCACUCAUGGCUGUUACUGCUAAAUAUGUUUUUAUGGACGAGGAGCGUUUCCUCAGCGAAAUAAUUGAUACGAAAUACCAACUGCCUCCAAAAUUGGUGUUCGUAUUUUCGUAUACCAAUCCUGAUUCUUUGAGGUACUUUUUGACAUUCAAAAAACUACACAAACAAUUGGAGUGUGCCGGUGCUCUGUUGGAAUUGAGGUUAAUGGACAUUGGAAAAAGAAAGAAUUCUUUAGUUUUUUCUAGACAUAUUAAUGGAACAAAAAUAAACAGUUUUCCAACAUUUGUACUCUUUUGGCAGGAAUUGACCGAAACAUACGAAAUCAAAGUGCGCCAGGAGAUUUUCAAAGAUCUUUCGAAUACUGAUAAAUUCGUUUCUCUAAUGGUAAAAAACGGGAUUUUGAAAGAAUGGAAAAUAAAUUAUGAUCGCAAUGAUCAUUGCAUUGGAGAGGAUUAUCACGAAUGUGUAAACCUUGCCUAUCCUCGUGGGGUAUGUAAAGCAAACACAACAGUUACGGAGGAUGACUACUCAAAUAAUAUCCCAACGUCAAGACGACAACUGAAGAAACGAAGGACGACAGGCAAACGAAGAAAGGUUGGAAAUUUGACAGUUCUUACUGUUAACGAUUGGUCUGGGACCAUCGAGGCCUCCAGUUCUCCCUCACCAACCAAAAGUGAUUCCCCUUUGUUAUCUCUGGUAUUCUUUAUCGUCAAGAGAUGUCGCUAUUGUGAAAUGAUUAUGCCACAAAUAGAGAAAAUAUCCAAAACAAUUAAACGCUCAGAGAAUGCAGAAGUCUACUUGGUAAACUGUUCAGCAAGUCCAAAGAUUUGCGCGGAUCACCACAUCCGAGGAUUUCCUUCUUUAAAGUUAUUUCGUAGGCUGCCAUGGUCUCAUCUUGGUGGUUGUGCGACAGAUAACCUUCAACAACAAAAUAUUGCCCUGGAUUAUCACCGGCCUUUCGAGCCAAUUGACAUGGUUCUAGAAUGGUUUUCUAACUCGUCUCUUCCAAGUGUGAGAAAAGAUUUUCUACUUAGCGACAUUCCCAAACACCUUAAUCAUGACGUAUAUCUGGUUGGGACGGUCAUAACCAGAUCUCAAGCACUGCGCUUCUUGCCGCCCUACAGCCACAACAAGUGGUAUCCGUACACAUGUUUCCAAACGGCGUGUGAAUUAUUGCUUGGUAAAGCAUUUUGUUACGUAACUAUGACCAGAGACUUUGGAAUUAGCGAGAAAAUGAGAAAGACAAAGAAUAAAGAUCUGUUUUUGAUCGAGUUGCGGUUACUUCGAAGUGAUGGAAUUGAGGCCAAAAUAUUUGAACUUGGUGUUCCUUUAGAAAGAUCCUUGGAAGAGAAUGAUUCAGAAUUACACAAAUUUCAUAACGCUCACAGUUAUUUUAUCGAGAAAGGGUUUCGUUGUGAGGAUAAUCAUCCACGAUGCACAGAGUUCAUUGUAAUGUUUGUCAGAGACCACUCACGACUACCCGUAACUCAUUUGUCUCAUGAUGGCUUUCACACGAUAAACAGUGAUAGGUCUGGUCAGUCAGAGGAACUUCCUGUUGUUUUAGUCUUAGCUCAUAAAGAAAACCUGACAAGUCAUAGCUCAUAUACACAGGAAAUUAAUAAGGCAGCGUACGAGUUAUAUCGUGACGUGAUAUUUACGUCAUUAGAUGUCGAUGAAUAUCCAUGGUGGGCAAGAAAAUUCGUUCCCCGCGAUUACGACAAAACACAACUGGCGAGCCAAGCAGACUUGGAAUAUACUGCACCAUUACAUCAUUACCCAAGACUCUGUAUCGUCAGAAAGUCCGAUCAUAGCCAAGCUGCAUUUUUACCUAGUUUAGAGAACAUGGCUAAUGGUAAAAAUAUUCCUAGAAUGUUAAGAAAAAUUAACGCUCAAAAAAUAAUCGCAUUUGUAAAACGAUAUUUGCAAAAUCCUCAAGAAUUGCUGGUCAUUACGGAGGAAUUUUAAAGAGGGAUUGUAGGUAUAUUGA